AUGGAUGACAGUGUCUUUAGGGAGUACAGUACCUGGGGAACACUAGCAAGUUCAAUGGCCCCUCUGUGGCCCUUGGUCCUGGUGGCUGCAGGAAUCCUGGCCAUAUAUACCCCUCAUCCCAGGAGUUCUGCUCUGCACCAUCUCACCAAGCAGCUAAUACAGAAAUAUCGCAAGGAAGUGAGGCCAGUUCACACCUGGACCCAGGCCACCACAGUAUACCUGGAUGUGUUUGUCCACGCUGUGUGGAUAUGGUGGGCUGCUCCUAAAGUUCGUUCCAGAGGCAGGGCUGGUUUGAAGGACUUGAUAAAAAUCGCUCACAAAUUCUGCUCAGACAAGGACACUCCCAAUGAUGCACAGAAUCAAAAAUUAAAGACAAGUGUAUGGUAUCGUGAGGUUUGGGAUGAUGAGUUUUUAUCCUGGAACUGCAGCAUGUUUGAUGAGAUUAGAGAGCUCUCCCUACCUCUAAGUGCAGUCGGGGCUCCUGAUACCAUCAUAAAUGAGUUUGUGGACAUUGAAAGAUCACCUGAUCUUCCCUAUGUUUACAUGAACUCAUCUGGGACCAUUAAGCAUUCUAAGCCCAUCCAAGUGGUCUCUGCAUGCAGUUUAGAGACAUACGCUUUUCCAUUCGAUAUCCAGAAUUGCAGCCUAACCUUCAAUAGCAUUCUACACACAGUGGAAGAUGUAGACCUGGCCUUCCUGAGAAGCAGAGAAGGCAUUACACAUGACCAAAAAGCAUAUUUGAAUGACAGUGAGAGGGAACUUCUUUCUGUGUCCUCAUACAACAUCCUGCAGAACAGCGAUGGAGAUUUUGCACAGAUUCAGUUUAAUGUGGUGAUUCGCAGACGCCCACUGGUCUAUGUUGUGAGCCUGCUGAUUCCCAGCUUCUUCCUAAUGCUCAUGGACCUGGGGAGCUUCUAUCUCCCACCCACCUGCCACACCAGGAUUGUGUUCAAGAGCGUGCUGGUGGGCUACACCGUCUUCAGGGUUAACAUGUCUGAUGAGGUGCCGAAGAGCGCAGUGACCACCCCUCUAAUUGGUAAGCAGCUCCGGGUCGCUAGGUACCCGUCUUGCAUUACUUCUGUCCAAGAUCUGAUGUUGCCUGUCAGAUGGGGAAGGAAUCGAGGGGACACCGAUGCGGAAGGGCCUAGAAUGGAUCCUUGGGCCCAGCUCACUGGGGUAACAGAGCCCCCUAUCUGUCAGGAGCACUGGGCCCAGCCAGGGACCCUGAGGGAAGUCUGGUCCCAGCUUCAAUCUAUCAGCAGCUACUUCCAGACCCAGGACCAGGCGGACCGACAGGAGGCUGGGUGGCUGGCCCUCCUGGAAUGCUUUGACUGACUGCUCUUCCAAAGCUAUCUUGUUGUGCUGGGGUUCUACACCAUCACCCUGUGUUCCCUCUGGGUGCUGUGGAGUGGCUUAUGA